UCCUCCACUAGUUGUAGUAUACAUGGUCCCUCCUUGACUUGUCAAAAGAAACUUUAGUCAUUACAACACAUAUAAUUAUUUAUUUUUUUUUGGAAAAUCAUGUGAAACUUCGAUCUCAUUUCCCUGGACAACUAAUCUUCUUCCCUCAUCUUUCAUACCCAACAACCAUUCACCCACACUUCCAAUUUCUGCUGAAGAACAAUGAGAAGAGAGAAAACAGAUGGAGCCCUGAUUCCAUUUUUCUCUUCUCUGCAGACUCUACUUAUCUUAACUUCUUUUACCAUUGAAACUCAAGCAAGAUCACUUCUCCAAGCAUGUUCUUCCUCCUCAUGUGGUGAUAUACGAAACAUCAGCUACCCUUUCCGCCUAAAGACCGAACCAGCCACCUGCGGUGACCCUGACUGCGAACUCUCUUGCGAAAACAACAGAACUAUCAUGGAAUAUCACUCAGGGAGGUACUAUGUGAAGGAAAUCUCUUAUGCAAAUCGUACAAUCCGCUUAGUUGAUGUCAACUUAGCCAAUGGAACGUGCAAUCUACCAUACAAAUCUCUAUCUUCCGACGAAGUUGAGAAGGAUAUUCGGUACCAAGGAGAACCUUAUUACAAUUUUGCAGGUUUCAUAAACUGCUCUACCGUAAUUAGCAACGAUCCAAGUUACAGAAAACUUCCUUGUGUGAGCGGAAACACAUCCCGAGUUUACGUUACCGUCGACAGCUCUGGUCAAUCUCUCUAUGAUAUUCCAGUGGGGUGUUCUUUUCUCUCAGUGGUUCCUGUUAGUGGAUAUUUAAAUGUUCAGUACCCUUCUUAUGAUGCCAUCUUGAAAUUACUGGAGUCAGGGUUCAAGCUUGGAUGGUCAGUUGAGUGCAGAAAUUGCCUUUUGCAAAAUAAAACAUGCUAUAUAACUGCUUAUGAGAUGCCCUUCAAUUACUACUGUUACAACUCAGAUAAUCUUGUUCCCACAAUAGCUAAGGUUAUCUUCGCUGUAGUUGUUACACUUAUUCUAGUGAUAAGUCUUAUUGCUAGAUUUAUCCUCGCCCCAUUAGUUGUAAUCGCCUUCCUUCUGCACAAGUUUUGGAAAGAAUGCAAGCGGGUCGAUAAUGUGGAAACUUUUCUCCGCAAUCAGCAGUCGCUGAUGCCGAAAAGGUAUUCUUACGCUGAUAUGGUCGCGGUUACUAACCAUUUCAAGGAAAAACUGGGGAAGGGUGGAUUUGGGUCAGUUUACAAAGGGCAACUCCCGGGGGGUAUCUUGAUAGCUGUUAAAAUGCUUGAGAACACGAAAUUUACUGCGGAAGAAUUCAUCAAUGAGGUCUCGACAAUUGGCCGGAUCCACCAUGUCAAUGUUGUUCCAUUACUUGGUUUUUGUUCAGAGGGGUCUAACAGAGCUCUUGUAUAUGAAUACAUGCCUAAUGGAUCACUUGACAAACAUAUCUUUUCAAAUAGUGGAAAGGCUCAGUCAUUUACUUGGGAUAAACUCCUUGAAAUCGCCUUAGGAACCGCUAGAGGUAUCGAGUAUCUCCACAGUGGAUGCGAUGUGUGCAUUCUUCAUUUCGACAUCAAGCCUCACAAUGUUCUUUUAGACCAAGGUUUCAAACCAAAAGUUGCGGAUUUUGGCUUAGCGAAAUUUUUCCCCAAGGAGAAAGAUUUUUUGACGGUUAGCACUACGAGAGGGACAAUAGGGUACAUAUCUCCUGAACUGAUUUCGAGGCAUUUUGGAGCAGUCUCAAGUAAAUCAGACGUGUACAGUUUCGGUAUGCUGUUGUUGGAAAUGGCUGGAGGAAGAAAAAAUGUUGACUCAAGGGCUAAGAGUUCAAGCAAAGUUUACUUUCCGUCAUGGGUUUAUAAUCAUCUAGCUGAAGGAGGAGGGGAUUUAGAACUCGAAAAUGUAAACGAAAUUGAAGUAGAGAUCGCAAGAAAGUUGUGUAUAGUUGGGCUAUGGUGCAUUCAAAUGAAGCCAUCGGAUCGUCCUUCAAUGACCAAAGUGGUGGAGAUGUUAGAAGGAAGCAUUAAGGAUUUGAAACUGCCUCCCAGGCCUUUCUUGUGUUCGCCUACACGCUCGCCUAUUGAAGAACCUCAAUCAGACGCUUCAACGAGUUGGCAUGCAUCCACGAGUUGGCAGGCAUCCGAGUCCAUGGAGGAAAGCCUCCUAUAUGGUGAUGAUACUGUUAGAAAUAUGUAAAUCCAAUUUGGGUAUUUCCUUUUCUUAUUUUUUGGGGCUUUGAUGUAAUGUUUUUAUAUUUUUGUCCUUAGUAUGUAAUAAGUGAAGUGUGUGUCUAGAACGUUGUACAGAAAUAUCUAGUAGUGGCUGUGGUGUGUGUCUUUGUUAUUAUUGUAAAAAAAGAAGAAGAGAAAAAACGUAAACAGAGAGAGACAGAGAAAAGAGAAAAAAGAAGAGAAAAGACUAACUUUAAUCAAGUGAAAGAAAUCUGCAUUUAUAGUGCCCA